AUGGCGAAGGAUGCGGAAGGACUGUCUCACGCUGCCGGCGGCGGGUCGGCGACAGCGUUCUAUGAAAAGGUACAGCCAAAUACAGAAAUCAAUGAUGCACCGCCCGUCACAGUCGUCGUGACGGGAGGACUGGGGUUCGUGGGCUCGGCAAUCGUUCGCGCAUUGCACGAGUUCCACCCCGAGUGGCAUGUGUGGAUUCUGGAUAAAUGCAACGUUGUCGACAAGCCGCCCGGUGAGCUGGACUUGCUGAGCGGCUGCAAGUAUGACUAUGUGCAAGCAGAUAUCACAGAUCGGGGCAGCGUCGUGAGAGCGCUGUCCCUCAUUCAUCCCGAUGCUGUUGUUCACACGGCAGGGAUUGUGCCCUCGUUGAGCGAAAGGUAUGCACGACGUCUAGAAGCCUUGGUCAACACCAUCAAUGUGGAAGGCACGCGCCAUGUGGUUGACACAGCCAGCAAGUGCGGAUGCAGGGCAUUCGUGUACACGAGUAGCUGCUGCGCCGUGACCGACGACAUGAGCAAGUCGUACGCGAACAUCGAUGAGACGUGGCCUGCCGCCGAGAGGUCGUCCGUGUACGGCGAGAGCAAGGCCGCCGCCGAGAGAAUUGUCAUUGCAGCAAACAAAGAGUCCAUGGCCACGUGCGUGUUGCGGCCUUCUGUCGUCUUCGGAGAAGGAGACGACCAGCUGAUCCCUCCGAUCCAUGCUUGCAUUGCGAAGGGCGAAACUCGCUGGAUAAUCGGCAGCGGCACAAAUCUCUGGGACACGGUCUACGUAGGCAACGUGGCUGAUGCGCAUGUGCUUGCUGUCGAAAACCUGUUGCAGUUCCUGCCCGAAACCUCCUCCCCCCUUGACGGCGACGGUAUCGGGACCGAAACCGCAGCCGGCCAGACCUUUUUCAUCCAGAAUAACGAGCCCGUGUCCUUUCGAGACUUCAGCCUUGCCGUUUGGAAGGAAUUCGGGCACUUCCCCCCAGCUUGGGAGAUUCAAAUCCCAGAAGGACUGGGGUGGGUACUGGGCUUGGUUGCGGAAGUCUUUACGCGAAUUUCCGGGACGCCAACGACCCUCUCGCGUGGAAGCGUGAUGGACGCCUGCGCAAUGCGCUAUGCCAGUGGUGACAAGGCCAGAAGGAUCCUCGGCUACCAGCCUCGAGUCGGGCUUGAAGCUGGAAUCAGGAGGAGUUGUCGGGUGAGUGGUGCCAUGCUAGCCAGGAAUCAUCUCUGCUAA